AUGAAGACCAUGAGAAAUAAUCGUCUAUCCGGUACUCCAUGGGAUAAUGUAAAAACUUUAAAAAACUGUCAAGUGGAUUUAUUAUUUUCUUAUGAUUUACAGAAAGGAGUAGAACAUAAACUAAUAUCAUUCGCUUUAAAUUUAUUGAGUGUAAGUAAAAAAUAUGAACUGAUAUUUAUUAGCUACGGUCAGUAUAUUUAUGUAUAUGAAUUGAAUAAGUUUAUAAAUAAUAGUAAUUUUUUUAUGAAAGAAAAUGAAAAUAAUAAAUAUAAACUUCAAUAUUAUUUUAAUAAUGAAGAAAUUAGAAAAAAUAAUUCCUCUUUUAAAAAUAUGAAUAAAAUAUCAUAUAUAUAUGAAGAAUUGAAAAGAGAAUUUUAUUUAAAAAAAAUGAAUAUACCAUGUCCUUCUUUAAAACUUUCUCCACAUUUAUAUUCUAAAGGAUAUGUUAAUAUAAAAUGUGAAGAAAAUGAAGCAAUGAAUAAAAGUAUAUUAAUUUCAGUUGGAUGGUCAGAAGAUACUAAUGUAUAUUAUGUCGAAAAAAUUGUUGAAUCUAUAAAUACAAAACAGAAAAUAAAAAAUAUUUUGCAAAAUAAUAUAUAUGAUUUUUUUCAAAAAUAUGAAAAUAUAUAUAAUGACGAAUGUAUUUCAUCUCCUCAUUUUUCAAAUAUUUCCAAGGAUCCGUAUUGUUUUUUAAAAAAGUUAAAAAUUGACGAACAUCAUUUUGUACUUAAUAUUUUUUAUAAUAAUAAUUAUAAUAAUUAUAAUAAUAAUGACGAUAAUGAUGAUAAUAAUAAUAAUAAUAAUAAUAAAAAUUAUAAUAAUGAUAAUAUUAUUCAACUAUAUAAUAAUAAUUACUUCAAUUCUAAGUCUAAGUAUAAGUUAGACAAGCAUAUGUGCAACCCCUUUAUCAUAAAUGAAGAAUAUUUAGCUAAUUAUUCCAAUGACAUUGUUGAUACGAUUAAAUUUUCAAAAAAUAGUAACUAUUUUGAUUUUUUAAAAAAUAAAAUUAAAGAAAAGAGGAAUAUGAUAUUUUAUAAAUAUCAUGAAAAUAGGAAGAGGAAAUCCUUAUCCUUACUAUCUAAAGAGAAGAAAAAAAAGAAAAAGACAAAAAAAAAAAAAGUAGACAAUUCUAAUGAUAAAAUAGAUCAAAUUAAAAAUGUUCAAACAAUUAAUAAUUUACAAAAUAAUAAAGAAAAUAUUGAUCAUAAUAAUAAAAUAUAUGAUAUUCAUGAUGGUGAUAUUAUGGAUCCGAACAGUGAUGAUGACAUUAUUAAUCACAUACAAAAUGACAUUCUUCAUAAUCAAGAUUUGGCUGAUGGCAAUAUUAAACAUGUUAAUAACUCCUCUGAGGGAAAAAAGAAAAAAAAAAUAAAUAUCAUGGAACAUCAUACAUAUAAUGAGAAAGAAAAGAAAAGACAAAAAAUUGAUAUUUUAAAAAUAAAGAAAAAAAACAUAUAUAAUGAGGAUAUUUGUAAAAAGAGCUCCACGGAUAUAAUGAAAAUGGAAAACGAUAAUAUGCAUAAUACAAGAGGGGAAGCACGUAGGGGCAAAAAAAAAAAAAAAAAAUGUAUAAAAAGAAAAAAAAAAAUAUACAAGUUUAGGAUUAGUGAUAUUUAUAGUAGUCUUGAGAGUGAAGAGGAGGAACUAGAAGAAGAAUUGUAUAAUGAUGAUGAUGAUAAUAAAAAUAAUAAGGAUAAAAAUGAUGAUGAAAAUAAUAAGCACAAUAAUUUAAAGAAUAAUAUAUCCUCGAAAGAUUUGAAAAACUUAAAAUUGAAAAAAGGGAAAAAAACAAGAAUUAAAAGAAAUUACAAAAGCACAUAUAAAAAAUACCAUUAUAAUAAUUAUUUAGAUUAUGAUGAAAAAGAAAUUGAAGAAUUUGAAUUUUUUAAUAAGCUACGCAAAAAGAUUUAUAUAGGAUAUAAUUUAAGAAAUAAUUUAGAACUAAAUGAAAAAAAUGAUUAUAUAAAUACUUUCAGAACUAAAAAUCAUUUUAUAAAUGAAUAUAUGAAAUCAUCAACGGAUGAUGAAAUAAAUGAUGAUAUUAAUGAACAGAAUUUGUCAUUAAAUUUAAAUAAUGCUAAUAUGCAAAUGAUUGAGAAAAAUAAAGAGAAGAAUAAAUUCUAUGCUCGAGAUUAUUCUUCCAGUGACACUUCAAAUUAUUAUACUAAUGAUAAUCAUGAUAAUAAUUACUAUGAUAGUUAUCACAAUGAUAAUACGCAUAACCUUCAUCGUAAAAAAUAUCAUUAUAAACCAUUUGAAAACAUUAAAAAAUUUAAAAACAAAAACCCCUAUUUUUAUCCUCAAAGAAAAUAUAAAACACAUAAUAAAGAAUAUAAAGGUAAAAAUAAAAAAAGACAACUAAAAAGGUUAAAUAAAAAUACAAAGAAUUAUAUGUUAUAUAUGAACAAAAUUAAUAAAUUAAAAGAAGAGAGAAAGACAUUUAUUAAUUUCUGUAAAUCAUAUAUUAAAAAUAAAUAUUAUAAUGAGUAUAGUAAACGAUUAGAAAGUUUUGAGGAUCCAUUUAAUAAAAUAAAGUAUCAUAAUAUAUGGAAAGGUCUUAAUAUCUUUACAUUUAAUUUAUUUAAUGUUGAUUAUAAUGAUAAGAUUUUGAAAUCUGUUCAAAUAUAUGUACAACCAGAUAUUGUAUUUAAUAAUAAAAUGUAUAUAAAAUCAGAUACAUCUACAUGGGCUAUAUCAUUUAAUUUUAAAAAAAAUUUAUUAGCUAUUGGAUCAAAUACUCACAAUAUACAUAUAUAUAAUUUGAACAAUUUUUAUUAUUUUAGAAAAAGAUAUGAUUAUGAUGAGGCAAUAAAUUAUUUUAAAAAUAUGUUUAUUCAUAAUAAUGUAAGACUAGGAGAACUCUUUGAAAAUGACAAGGGUUGUGCAUUUUUAUAUGAAGAUAUAUAUAGAGACAAAUUUGAAACUAAAUCAUCUAAUGAUAAUAAAGGAGUGGAUGGUUAUAAUAAUAAAGAAAAAAAUAUAUUACCUAAUUGUAACAAAGAGGAAAAAAACAAAAUGAAAAAUAAAAAUUUAUCUGAUCAGUGUAGUAAAGGAAUGAAAUCUAUAUUACCAGCAGAUAAUAUAAUAAGUAAUAUUCUUAUAAGAAAAAGUAAAAUUCCUGUUGAUUUAUCCCUUUUUUUUAUUCUUAGAAAAGAACAUUUGAAAUCUGUACUUAUAUCAAUAUCACAAAAUUUUCCAAUAGAUUCUAUGCUGUUACUUUUAAAACAAGCAUACAUAGGAAAAGAAUUUUACAACAUAAAAUGGGAUAUAUAUCAUAAUAUGAAUACUUUUAUGUUGAAAAUUAAAAAGAUGUAUUCUAAUAUAUUUCUUAGAAGAUGUAAUUUUCCUUUAAAUUUAUUUGAUACUAAUACACUACAAGUAAAUUCUCAUAAUUUGUUAAAUAAUUGGUAUAUAAAAUAUGUGUACGAAUAUAUUCUUUUGUAUGUCCAUUGUAAAGAUAAGUAUAAUAAAUAUAGUAUUACAAAUGAACAGAUAAAGGGAAAAAAAAAGAACUAUAAUUUGAGAAAUAAAAAAUUAAAAAGCUUAUUACACACAUAUUAUGAUAUGAAUAAAAAUUUAUUGAAGUUUAUGUGUAAUAAAUAUGAUUAUCUUCGUAUGUUUGCUGAACAUGCAAAAUAUUUUUUAUCACAAAAUAUAUAUAAUAAAAAAAUCAAGAGUGAUAAUAAAUUAAUUUUAUUUAAUGAUGAUUUAUUUAUACAAAAUAGUAGUGAUGAAGAAAUUAAAAAUGAUAGUAAUAUAAUUUAUACAAAAUAUAAAAAUUAUAGCUUAUUGAGAAUAAAAAAACAUUAUGGAGAUUAUACAUUUUCUAACUUAUGUCCUAUGAAUAAUAAAGAUUCUUCUUCCUUUGAAAAGAAAUGUUUAUUUAGCCGCUCUUAUAUAUAUAGCUAUAAAAAAGCUAAUAUAGUUUUAAAAAAGAUUUCUAAUUUGUUUAGAGAUUUUAUUAAAGCUAGACAUAAUUAUAAUUUUUCUUUUAAACACCAAUUAUUUUCAAAUGAUGAUGCAAUAUUCAUAAUUCAAGGUAUAAGCGACAUAAAAAAGAAAGCAAAAAAGAAGACAAAAAAGAAAGAAGAUAAAAAAAUGAAAAAUUAUAAACAAGCUCCCUUAAAAUAUAUCAAAGAAUUAAAACGGGUAAUUAAAUAUAUACAAAAUAAUAAUAUGUCACCAGAUGAUUUACGAUUAUGUUCAAGAAAUUAUAUAAAUAUAAAUAAUAAUGAAAAAGUAUUUUUUAAAAAAAAAGUAUUAGUGAUUUGUGAAUUAAGGGAUCAUAAUAACAAUUUGUUAGAUGUUAUACAUUUAUCAAAUGCAUUCAAAGAAGAAUAUAAUGAUUUAUUGGAAGAGAAUGAAGCGUAUAAAUUAUUUAAUUAUGAUGGUAUUCCCGGUUCGAUAGAAUAUGAUGAUGAUAAUGUUGUAGAUAAUGUUGUAGAUAAUGUUGUUGAUAAUGAUGGUGUUGAUAAUAAUGGUGUUGAUAAUAAUGGUGUUGAUAAUAAUGGUGCUGAUAAUAAUGAUGUUAAUAAUGAGUGUGAUAGUGACGAUGAUAGCGACGAUGAUAGCGAUGAUGAUAGUGAUGACGAUAGUGAUGACGAUAGCGACGACGAUAGUGACGAUGAUGAUGAUUAUGAUAAUUAUGAUGACGACUAUGAUAGUGAUGAUGAGGAUAAUUACACGCGAAAAAAUAAUUUCUGUAUGUUUAGAAAAAGGUUCUUAAAUAGAAACAAUUAUCUUUUGGAAAAAAAAAGAGAGGAACUAACAAAUACGAGUUUAAUGAAAGAAAAUCAUUUAAGUGGAAUUAUAAAUAAUACUGUAGAUAUGGAAAUGAAUUAUAUGGUACAUUAUAAAGGACAUAAGUAUAAAUUAAAAAAACAUAAGAGAAGAAAUAAUAAGGAUAUACAUGUAAGAAGAAAGAACACAUCCUAUAAUAUGAAUGAUGAAAAUUUCUCUUAUUCCUCCAUAUCACAUUCAUCAUCAUCUUUAUCAUAUGACGAUAAUGAUAUGAUGGAUAAUAAUUUACCUUUUAGAACAAAUUAUUCAUUUGUUAAUAUUCCUAUUGCUCAUGGAGUACCAUAUACUAAUACCCCAUUAAAUAAUAGUUCUGUACAAAGAAAUAAUACAAUAUUAAGAAAUCGAACAAAUUCUAGUAUUGAUAAUAAUAAUAAUAGUAAUAAUAUUAUACCUAGUACUCAACAUGUUAGGCUUUUUAUUAAUAAUACUUUGACAAACCAUUUAACUGCUGUAGAAAGUAAUGUACCUAAUCGUAGAAGAAAUAGUUUAGGUGAUAAUUUGUAUACAUAUAUUAAUAAUAUGUUACAUAAUCCCAAUAAUACCAUGAACUUGAAUAGUGAUAUGAAUGUAGUUAAUAUGAUGGGACGUAUCUUUGACAUAAGUCGUAUAGGAAAUACAAGAAAUACAAAUACUCAGAAUGAUCAAAAUAAUAUGGAUAAUACGAAUGCAAAUUAUAAUAGUGAUAAUCAGACCAUGAAUGAACAAAAUGAAGGAUAUUCUAUAAAUGUUGAAGUUAUUCCUGGAUCUGUUACCAUACCAGAUAAUGAUGAAAAUGGUCAAGAUGUACAUGUUGAAAAUGAUGAAAAUAAUGAAAAUGAUGAAAAUGUUGAAAAUGAAGAAAAUGUUGAAAAUGAUCAAAAUGGUCAAGAUGUACAUGUUGAAAAUGAUCAAAAUGGUCAAGAUAUAAAUGUUCAAAAUGGUCAAGAUGCAGAUAAUAUAAAUGAUCAAGAUGCAGAUAAUCUAAAUGAUCAAGAUGCAGAUAAUCAAAAUGACAAAGAUGCAGAUAAUCAAAAUGUCCAAGAUGUCAUUCAUCAAAAUGUCCAAGAUGUCAUUCAUCAAAAUGACCAAGAUGUAAAUGUUGAUAAUUCAAAUAAUAAUAUUAAUAAUAACGUUAUAAAUAUAAACAACUCAAAUGAACAAAAUAAUGUUAACAAUAUGAAUCAAGUUAAUAAUAAUAAUUCAGAUAAUAUAAAUGUGAUCAGUAAUAUUAAUAGUGAGAUGCAAAAUGUACCUAAUAACAAUAAUCAACCUUUAAAUAUGGAAUACCAAUUUUUAGAUAUGAUAUAUAAUAAUAUUUUAAAUUCAAGAAAUGAACGAAGAAAUAUAAGCACGUCCGUAAAUACAAGAAAUAGACCAUUUAAUAGAAAUAAUGUUAUUAUAUCACGAAGAAAUAAUUCUUUAAAUAUUCCAACAGGGGAUAUAUCAGAAGAAAUGAUACGUAAUAUGAUAGCGGUUAGCAUUGGAAAUCUGGAUAUACUAAAUGAAAAAGAACCUUUAAAUAAUUUUAUAAAAGGAAUUACUAAUGAUUCCAAAGAACAAAUUAAGAAAGAAAGAAUGACAUUUAAUUUAAUUCCUUUAAACUGGAAAAAUGUUUGUGCAAAAAAGAAAUACGAUGUUAAGAUUAAAUAUAUUUAUACCUUGCCUGAAUGUGCAGAUAAAAUAUUACAGAAGUAUAACAAGAAUGAUCAAAUGGAUUUGGACUUUGUUGUUAUAUGUGAGGGGUUAUAUGAAGAAAGUAACAAAAAUUCAGAAAAGGAAAAAGAAUAUAAGAUAGGAAAUGAUAAAAUGGCAAAUCAUAUAGUAGAAGCUGAUAAAAUGAAAGAUAAUGAAACAGAAAAUCAUAAAAUCAAAACCAAUAUUAUUGUAGAAGAAAAAAAUUUAGAAUCUCAAAAAACAAAUAUAAUUAAUAAAGAAGAUGAUAUAAAGGAUGAUAAGAAAAACAGUGAAGAAUCUCAACAAAAAAUAGAAGAACAUUAUUAUAGCAAAAAUUAUGAAUUAUCCAAGAACCAUUUGAGUAAUUCAUAUGCAUGUUCUAUAGAACAAAAUAAUAAUAAUAAUAAUAAUAAUAAUAACAUGAGUAAUGAUAAUAAUUGUAUAUAUGAUGAAAAUAUUAGAUAUAAUGAAAUCAAAAAGGAAAAUAUAACAAAUACCUCACCAGGUAAAGACAAUCAAAUAAAUUCUACUAUAUUAGAUAAAGAAUAUAAUAAUAGUAUAAUUGAGAAUAAGAAAAAUAUUUCUUCUAAAUCGAGUGCAUUUGAUAUGUCUGAUUGUUACUCUAUUUUUUCAAGUGGUUCUUCUGACAGUAACUUGUCUAAUGAUAUAAAUGAAUUUAAUUUUUUUUCUUCAAGUGAAGAAUGUUCAGAAUGUGAAUAUAAUAACUUGUGCUUACAUAAUAGUAAUAAUAUAAGUUCUUGUUCAGUAUAUAAAUUUUUAAAAAGAGAUAAUUCUAUAUUGUUUGUUAAUAAUUGUAAUGUGAAAAUUAAAAGAUGUGAAGGAAUUAUAAAAGAAUACCGUUUAAAAAGGAAUAAGAGGAAUAAAAAUAUAAAUAUAGAAAAUAUUAAUUCUCGUAAUAAAAAUAAAAAAUAUAAUAGACAAACUAAACUUAUAUCUUUAAAAAUAAAUGAUAUGAAAUACAAAUGUAUAGAGAAUCAAAAUAGUGAUAAUUUUAUUUCUGAACCUUUUUUUAGUAUAAAAUCGAAAUGUCUUGAAAAUAUUCUAUUACAAGAAGGUUAUUACAAAAAUGAAGAAAAUGAAAUGAAAGAAAAUAAAUGUGAAAAUGAACAAUUAAACAAUAAAAAAAUAUAUGUAAAUACCAGUGAUAUAAUAACUUCAUAUUAUUCAGGUGAGAAAAAGGAUAAAAACCUUUAUGGUAGUAAUAUGGAAUAUACUGAAGGAAAAAGUGAUAUUAAUAAUAAUAAUAAUAAUGAUAAUAAUAAUAAUAAUAAUAAUAAUAAUGAUAAUAAUAAUACAAAUGAAAAUGUUAAUUCGUGUAAUAGGGCUGUUAAUACAAAAAAAUUUGAAAAUGAAAAAAAAGAAAUUUUUGAUAUAGAUGUAUUACCAAAAAAAAAUUUCAAUUAUAAUAUAAGUGCAUUUAUACAUUGUAUGAGUAAGAAGGUAUGCAAUUAUUUUUAUGAUGAAAACCAUUUAAAAUAUCUUAAUAAUAUUAGUAAAAAGAAACAAUCAUUCUUUUUAGAUAACGUAUAUAAAAAGAAAAAUAUAUAUGAAGGUAAAAAAGUGAAUAGUGAUAUUUAUUGGACAUCAUCAAAUGUGAGUUUUUAUACAGCUGAUUGGUAUGAUAUAUUGUAUAGAAUAUUUUUUGAUCCAUCCUCUAGAUUUUAUGAAAUGUUAUUAAAACAUCAUGCUCAUAAUAUUCCUUGUAUUAAAUUUUCUCCGGAUGAUAAUUUCUUGUUAUCUUGUUCAGUUGAUAAAAGUAUAAGUUUAUGGUAUCCUAAUAAUGUCAAGAAUGAUAAACUAGAAAAUAAUUAUAAUAUUUAUGAUCAUUUGUUUCCAUAUUAUAAAGAUGAAAAAAAAGAAAACUCUAAAAAAAUAAUAAAACAUAAUAAUAAUAAAAAAAAAAAAAAUUCUUAUAUUGAUAACUUUGAGCAUGUUUUGCAUCAUUUAGAUGGUUCAUAUGACACUCAUGAUAUUUUUUUGGAUGACAAUAAUUUUAUGUUUAAUAAUAUAAUCGAUAGAAGUAAAAAUAAAAAGACAGAGAAUAUGAAAAUGAAGAAGAAAAAGAAAUAUUGCUUUGAAAAAUUAUAUAACGAAACGAAAAGGUGGCAUAUAAAUAAAGAGAAGGAAUUAGUUGAACAGAAAAGAAGUAAUAUAUUAUGUAAACAAGAAUUAAAACAUAUGGGUUGGAGUGGAGAUUUUAUUAUAAAAAAAAAUGUUAAAAAAAUGGAUUUUUUUGUAGAUAUAUUUUUUAAUACACCUUCGAAAAUAUUUAAAGAUAAUUUUGUAUGUUCGCAAUAUUUCCCUUACACGGAUAAACCUUUAAAUAAUUUUUUGAAAAUUUUUGAAAAAUAUUCAUUAUUUGAACUCUUUAAAUUAUCCUUUUUGAAUUUACAAGGAAAGGACCAAAAAAUUGAGAGCAUAUUAUCUAAUACAAGCAUUAAUAACUUGGUCAAUUAUCUUUUCAAAAUGAAUAGUAAAAAGUUAAAGUAUAUGAAAGAAAACAAUAUUGAUAAUAUCGUAAGUCUCUUAACUGAAGGGGAAUUGUUUAUUAAUAGAAAUAAACCAACUAAUGAAAAGGUAGCAAAGAAAAAUUAUAUUGAUAAGGAGGAAGAAGAAGAAGAAAGAAAGAGAUUUAAAAGGAAAACAUUAAAAAGGAUUUAUGUAGCUAUGAAAUAUGCUUGUAGACACAUGUUAAAAAAAUAUCUGUUAUUUAAACCUAAUAACUAUAAAGAAAAAAUUCCUAAUAGAAAUAAGAAUAUGAUAUCAGGAGAAGAAAUAUUAUUAAAUAAUAAUGAGGUACCCAUAUUAACAGAUUAUGAUUUUAAUUUUUCAAGUGAUAGUGAUGAUAAACAUAUGUCUCGUAAGAAAAAUAAAAGCAUAGAUAUUAAUAAUAAUAAUGUAGGAGAUUCAUGUACUUAUGAAAACAAUGAAUUAAAAAAAAAAUUUUAUAAUUUACAUAAUCAACAGUGUAUAUCAGAUGAAGAAAAGAGUUCUUCUUCAAAUGAUGAAUUUUCAUCGUCAUCUUUUCAUUUUAUAAGUAGUAGUACUAGAACAAAUAAGGAUGGUAAAUAUCUUAAUAAAGAUAUUAACGAAUCAGAUGAAGAAUAUAUAAAAAAGAGAAAAAUGAAAGAAUCCUUAUUUUAUAAAUAUAUAAAUAAAAUAAGAAAUGAAUUUAAUGCAAAUUAUUUAUUAUAUAGAGAUGAAAAAUAUGAUAUGUUAAAAAAUAAAUGGAUGUACUUUUUACAGAAAUUAUUAAAUCAAUAUGUACACAUGAAAUGUUUUAAAAAAGUCUAUGCACAUAUUAAAAAUAAAUUAUUACUAAAUGCUAUAAAGAAAUAUAAAAAGCAGAAUAAUCAUAAUUUCUAUUUUAAUUUUCAUAUAACUACAAAUUAUAAGGAAUCUAAAAUAUUAAAGGAAUUACUUAAAAAUUAUUCAACAUACUUUGAUAAAAUAAAAAGCACAAGAAUGGAUAAUAAUAAAAAUGAUUAUAAGAUGGUUAACAAAAAAUUCAAGUCCUAUUUAAGGUUAAUAAAAAAAGAAAAGCUUUUUAAAAAAAGACGACAAGGAGAAGCAAAAUUAAAUAAUCAAAAGAUAUUUGAACGAUUAUAUGAACAUAUUAACAUGAAUAGUAAUAAUAAUAAUAUUAAUAUAAAUAAUAAUAGUUAUUGUUUUAAUGAUGAUAUGGGAUAUACACUUAUAUUAAAAAAUACUGUUUCGAAUUUUCACAAUAUUAUAUAUAAUAUAAUAAAUAUAUCACCUCAUAAUAAAAUAAUUAAACAUUAUAAAUAUUUAAAAAAAUAUAAUCAAGACAAACAUAAGAAAGAAUAUAAUUUGGGUAGAGAAAAAGUAUAUACUUAUCAUCAUCAUGAUAAAAAAAAAAAUAUUAUAUUUAAUAACAUUUUCAAUGAUUUCAAUAAGGAUAUAAAAAAUAGGACUACUUUUUAUUCAUCAUCAGAUUCUUUGAAUUCUGAUAUAAAUGAGGUUUCAUAUAAAGGAAAAGUAAAAAGAAUGAUUAAAAGAAAAAAGAAAUUAAAAAAAUUAUAUAAUAAUAAUAUGAAAGACACAUUUAUUAGUAAAAAGAAUAAUAUUUAUAUAGGUAAAAAGAAGAUACCGAAUAAUUAUAAUUUCUAUAGAAAUAUAACGUAUGAUAUAAAUGAAAAUGUAACAUUAUUUAAUAAACAUGAUAAAAAAAAUAAUAAUAUUAAUUAUAAUACAUUAAAUCCAUUUAAUAAUAUAAGAUGCUUGAAAAAAGAAAAUAUUAAAGAAAAUAUUUUAAUGAAAGAAAAUAAAAAAUUUAACAUCUGUUUCUUAAAUUUAAAUAAAGGUAAUUAUCAAAUUAAUUAUUUUUCAAAUAUUGAUAUACUUAAAAAUUUUUAUAAAUUUUGUGGUAAAGGAUUAAUUCUGGUGAAUAUACAAUAUAUAAAAAAUGAUACUACUAAAAAAGGAGAAAAAAAUAAUAUACAUGUUAAUAAUAUACAUAAUAAUAACAAUAUAAAGAAUCAUAAUGUAAAAGAAAAUGACGAUGGUUUGAAUAAAAGACCUAAAAAUCUUAUUUUUCAAACAGACAUAUAUAUAUGCAACACAUAUAGGGGUAAUAAAAAUAUAAAAAAAAAGAAAUCGAGAACUAUCAUUUUUAUAAUAAAAGUUAACGUAAAUGAAUUAAGAAUGUACUUAUUGAGAAAAAAAAUAUUUGAAGAGAAAUAUAUCAAUAAUUCGUUUUAUAUUCAUUUACAAGUUAUACGAAUAAUUUAUUUUUUAACCCUACAAAAUUGUAAAAUAUACUCAUCACAAAAUAAUAAUAAUGAUAAAAGAGAAAUUGUUGAUAUUCAUAGUUAUAAUAUUAAUUAUAAUAUAAAUUACUCAAAUAUUGAUGAAAAGAGCAAACAGAAAAUACUUAAAUAUUAUUUAUCAAAUAAAGAAUAUAAGUUUUUUCAAUUUUUAACAUCAAAUCUGUUCGAAAAAAAUAAAAGAAAUAAAAAUGUGAAACCAAAGGAAAUAUAUAAAAAUAUAAUAAAUAUGAGAAAUUAUAUAUUUAAUGUAAAGGAAGAUGAUAAAUAUGAACAAUAUAUUAAUUUAUUAUCAACCUCUGAAGAAACAAAUAUAGAAAUAUUUAAAGAUCUAUAUAAUCAGUGUAGAAAUAAUAAAUAUCAAAGUAUAUCAUUUAAUAUAUUUUUUUUAUUGUUACCAAAUUAUAAAAAAAAUAUACUUAUGCUUAAUAUAUCUACUUUAAGAUUUUUAUAUUCUCAUAUGAGAAGUGAACAUACCAAUAACAAGAAUUACAAAAAAAAAUUCAAAAAAAAAAAAAAAAAUACCAAAGAACAAAAAAUAAAAAAAAAUAUAUGUUGUAUAAAUAAAGAUAAUUAUAUUUAUAAUAACAUUAUAAAUAAACAGCAAAAAAAAGAAUUGAAUAAAUAUUUAAUACUAUCAGCAGAUAAAUGUAAUUUAUAUCUAUUGAAAUUUAAAUUUAUAAAAAUCACUAGAAAUUUAUUUACUACCAAAUUUCUACCUAUAUCUAUUCAGAAACUACCAAAAGAACAAUAUGCAACAUUUAAACAAGUAUUUUCAACAUCACGUAUUAGUUUAUUAAAAAUUAUAUAUGAAAGAUCAUGUGUAAUAUUAGCCAAUCAAUAUAGUAAUAAAAUAUUUAUUUAUUUUGUUCAGAAAUGUAUGUAUACAAAUACGUAUUUUUUAAUACCAUAUUUUUUUCUUCCAUUAUAUACUUUUACUAUAGGGAGAAAACUUACACCCAAUUUUAAUAAGGAUAUAUUAAUUUGUCAUAAGAAAUAUAUAAUAAAUAACGUAAAUUAUAAUUUAAAAAAAUUAAUAGAUGGUAGAUCAAUAGAAGAAGCCAACGAUAGCGACUUUUUUAUAGCAGGACUGGAUGUCAUCUAUGUUAAUAAAAGGGAUAAUACAUUUGAAUUGUUGGUCUAUGCACUUUUAUUAAGUAACGUUAUUUUUUGUUACAAACUAAAUUUUGAAUAUUACUAA